AGGAACCAACCAUAGAAAUAUACCAAUAGCAGGCAUUACCGUUGAUCGCUCGCUCUCUAGAUUACUUCUUGUUGUCUCAGUACUUGCAACUCGCGAAACAAAGCUAAGCAGAGGGCUUUCGACACUCGCAAAGCAAAAACAUGAGGCCUUCAAUGUCCAUCGCCAGAUCCGUACACCGAGUCGCCCGCCGCAGCUACUCAUCCGCCUCCGUCCCCGAGCGGAAGGUCGCAGUCCUCGGCGCCGCCGGCGGCAUCGGCCAGCCCCUGGCUCUCCUCAUGAAGCUCAACCCCCUCGUCUCCCACCUCUCCCUUUACGAUAUCGCCGACCCCGGUGUCGCCGCUGACGUCAGCCACAUCAACACCAGAUCUGAGGUGAAAGGUUAUGCAGGAGAAGAGCAGCUUGCUCAAGCCUUGGAGGGAGCCGACGUCGUAAUUAUCCCCGCCGGAGUGCCCCGAAAGCCCGGCAUGACCCGAGACGAUCUCUUCAACAUUAAUGCCGGUAUCGUCAAGGGUCUCACUACCGCCAUCGCUAAGUACUGCCCCAAUGCACUGAUCAACAUGAUUAGCAACCCAGUCAACUCCACGGUCCCGAUUGCCGCUGAGGUGUUGAAGAAGGCCGGGAAGUACGACGAGAAGAGGUUGUUUGGUGUCACUACUCUUGAUGUGGUCAGGGCUAAGACUUUCUAUGCUGGAAAGGCCAAUGUUAAUGUUGCUGAGGUUAAUGUACCAGUUGUUGGUGGCCAUGCUGGCAUCACCAUUCUGCCACUAUUUUCUCAGGCUACGCCGGCAGCCAAUUUGCCUCAUGAUGUUAUUGUGGCUUUGACAAAGAGAACACAAGAUGGAGGAACGGAAGUUGUGGAGGCGAAGGCUGGAAAGGGAUCGGCAACAUUGUCAAUGGCCUAUGCUGGAGCUAUUUUCGCUGAUGCUUGUCUGAAGGGACUUAAUGGAGUACCUGAUGUUGUGGAAUGUUCGUAUGUGCAAUCAAGCAUCACUGAACUUCCUUUCUUUGCUUCUAAGGUGAGACUUGGAAAGAAUGGAGUCGAGGAAGUUUUGGGGUUGGGUAAUCUCUCGGACUUUGAACAGGAAGGACUCCAAAAAUUGAUCCCUGAGCUCAAAUCAUCCAUCGAGAAGGGUAUCCAGUUUGCCAACCAGAGUUAGUGUAAUGUAUUAUUGGUGCCUUGGGGGGUGGGGUUUAUCUACCCAUCCCGAUGGUAACACAUCCAAAUUUUGCAUUUGUCCAAGUAGUAUUGUAUUUUUAGUGCUGCUAGCGGCACAUGCAUCGGCUUUGCUGUUCUCAUUGGAGUAAGCUCUAAUAGACCGAGGUUUCUAUAAAUAAUUCCCAAUGACAUGCUAUGGGAGGGGGUUAAGUUGUUUGAACUUGAAUCAUCAUAAUGUUUCAUCGAAUUAAAAGUUGAUUAGUGGUUA